GCCUUGUUGUAUUAUAAUCCGGGACUCUGUCAACUCCGCCCAGUUCAGACAGUGCAGAGCUGGGCACGAAAUGGCUGCGGUUGGGGAGUCUGUCAGAUUGGAGCGAGACAUCUCUCGGGCCAUCGAGCUGUUGGAUAAGUUGCAGAGGACCGGAGAGGUGCCUCCGCAGAAACUGCAGGCUUUACAGCGAGUCCUGCAGAGUGAGUUCUGCAAUGCAGUGAGAGAGGUGUACGAACAUGUGUACGAGACCGUGGAUAUCAAUAGCAGUCCAGAAGUAAGAGCCAACGCUACAGCCAAGGCAACUGUGGCUGCCUUCGCUGCCAGCGAGGGCCAUUCCCACCCCCGGGUAGUGGAGCUGCCCAAGACGGAGGAGGGGCUGGGCUUCAACAUCAUGGGAGGGAAGGAGCAGAAUUCCCCCAUCUACAUCUCCCGCAUCAUCCCAGGAGGCAUCGCGGACAGGCAUGGGGGUCUCAAGAGAGGGGACCAGCUUCUCUCCGUCAACGGAGUGAGUGUUGAAGGUGAGCACCAUGAGAAGGCAGUGGAGCUGCUCAAGGAAGCCCAGGAGACGGUGAAGUUAGUGGUGCGAUACACGCCCAGGGUGCUGGAAGAAAUGGAGUCUCGCUUCGAGAAGAUUAGGUCGGCCAAACGCAGGCAGCAGAUGAGCUUUUCCUGAGUAACCCCAAGCACUCGCUGCCACACAGAGGCCUCUUUUCUGCUGUCUUCACAGGAAACAGCUCAGUUAUUGAUAAAAACAUUGCUCACUGUUUUAUAUUAUUACUACUAAGUGACGUGCGUUUGUGAGUAUGUGUGCAUUAUGGAAUUUUUAGUCCAUGGAUAUUUGUGAUAACUGGUAAAAAUAUAUGACAAAUUAAGAGUUUUAGAUAUACGUACAUAAUAUAUAAAAUGUGUGUGUGUGUGUGUGUGUGUGUGUGUGUGUGUGUGUGUGUGUGUAUAUAUAUAUAUAUAUAUAUAUAUAUAUAUAUAUAUAUAUAUAUAUAUAUAUAUAUAUAUAUAAAAUGUUAAUUUCCAUACAACAAGAAAAUUGCGAAAACAUGCAUAUAAAUUAUAAUAGCAUGGGAGGUACACAAGGACUGGACAAAUUAAUUAGAAACACCUAGAGUAGGGACCCAGCAUAGACAUCCAGGGAGUACUGAUAUGACAUAUCAUCCAAAACUAGCCUCCUCAAGUACAGGGGGAGGGUUUGAGUUCAGCAGCAUUCUUCUUCAGAAUGGCCUGUAGAGUCAUUGCUUCACCUUAUGAAACUACUUCAACUAUGUCUCGACAUGAAAGCACCUGCCAACCAAGCUUCUACCAGCACGUUUUCAGUGAAACUGCCUUGUUACAGAGAGAAGCAAUGCGUGUAUAUUACUGAUUGGUGUUCCAAAUAUUUUGUUCAACUCCGUAAUUAAUGUCAGACAGUUCCUAUGCAACAUGAGUGACAAUUUGAAAUUGGGAUCAUAAACACUGCACUGAAUGUAAGCUUACUGUUUUCAAUUUAUUUUUCACAAUACUCCGUUUCAAUGGGGUGUUUUUUUUUUACUUUAUUUGCUUGGUACCAUAUCGUUGACUUAUUGGAAAUUUAAAUUCACCGUUUCGUGUUGUUGUUAUGAAUAUUAUUAUUUAAAGAACACAUUUUCCAUAUGUAAGACUUACUACGUUCCACGGUUUUGAGAAAUAAAGACCUAUUGUGCUAUAGUUUGAUUGCAAAAUUGUAGCUGUUUUGCAAUUGUAGAGACACAUAGAUUAUAGACAUGUGGUCAAGUCCUGUCAGCACUUCUGUUCCGGUGAAACGGGAUAUGUAAAUCUGUACAAACAUAUCGCUUAUUGAAAUAAAUAACACCUUGAACUUUUGCCAAACAUAUCUAGUUUCAGAAUUACAGUAGGUGUCGAUGAGGGUGGACUUGUAUUAUCUCUAAGUGAUAAGUAACUCAGUUGGGCUUGAACUAACAGCUUUAUGGAAAAGAUGGAUUUGAUUUAGAAUUCUGGAGUGGCUUAAGCAGAAUAAUGACCACAAUCUGCUGCACUUGUUUUAUGUACUGGAAAGAAAUGCAAAUAUUAAAUCAGAUUUGGGUUUGGUUUCCUGCUGUAAGACUUUAUAAAGCAAAUAGUGAGCGUAUCUUUCACCUGUUAUGGUAUAGCCCCAGAGAUGAGAGACAUGAAGAAUAUGUAUCUCUCUCAUGUUGGUAAAGGUGUAAUGCAUUGAUCCCAUGGUCUGUACUGGAUUUUAUUAUCUAGCCUCCAUUCGCUACAAAUUGCUGUUCUCGCGCGGGCAUGCUCGUAAGCAGAGAAUUGCACAUGCUUAAUAAAUGGCUGUACUCGCAGAAAUCAACUGUUUUGUGACAGAAAACCAGGGAGGAUUAAAGUAUGAUUAGUGUACAUUUCACCAAGUAGAAAAUUCCACUCAUCAGUCCCUGAAUAAUAUCUUAAAUGCAAUUGUAACUGCUGAAAUAACGUUUAGUCGUGUUUCAAUCAAACCCCAGUUGGCUCUUGUUCGUAAAUGCAUGGCAAUUGAAAGAUUACGAUGUUGACAGCAUGGAGGAGAAAUUCGAAACGGCUUCAACUGUUGGAAGCAGUCUCCCCGGCCUUGAGAACCUGAUGCUUUUUAUUAUUUAUUCUUUGGCUGAACGAACAAAGAAAAUUUUUUUUGCAUAUUUCUGCACUGACACUAACUGAGCUUGGUCAGCAUUUGGCUUCAGAUUUGCACUGUGGUGUCUACAGGGGCCCAGUAGCGUUCAGUUUGCAUGGUGCAGUUUUAUGAUUGACAAUCUGAGUGUAUUUCCUGCAAAAACAGUGCAACAAAACCCUUGAAGCUCCUAAUUUGCUUUCCUGAAUGUAACUGAACUUGUUCGUAACUAUCAUAACCUACUAUUGCUGCAUUUAACCACUGGUGUGAAUCCAUUUGGCUGCACAACACAAUCUGGCAUACAAGGUUUAGCAAACUGGAAGAAUGUAGUUAACCAUCACAAAUAAAUGUUAUUUACUGAAUUGUAUUCCGAUUUCUGUAGUUCAGACUUUUAAAAUGUUUUAUUAUUAGAACAAUAUUUGUAUUUACUGGAAGUCUGGGCAAUUGUAGGCUAAUAGAAUGAAUUAGUAUAACGUGCCCUUUGUUGUAAUCCAAUUCCACCAUUGUGUUUACUUUGUGAAUUAGUGUUUUGUAGCACCUGUUCAUACUAUGAUAUUUUCAUUUUGAUAAAUGGUUUCAUAGAUACUUUUUAAAUGAUUUUUACUCUUUUUUUUUUCUGAUGGCAUUAUUUACACUUUUCGAGUAUCAAGGCCAAAAUCCUGAAUUUUAAUAACGGUAUAUGGAUUGAUUUGUUACUUUAGAUUAAUAGAGUAGACCAUGUGAUUAUUAUUUUAUUUGUAAAACAUAAUUGGGGAUGUAAGAAUUAGGAAAUGCUAAUUUAUUUGAAUAGAAACUGCACAGAAUAAAUGAU